AUGGCGGAGAUGAGGAUAAAGAGGAAAGACGGUAGUGGGAGGUGGUAUGUCUCGCGUUUUGUCGAGGAGCAUAACCACGAACUUGCGUAUGGGAAGCUUGUUGAUUAUCUGCGGUCACACAGGAAGAUAUCUGAGGUAGAAGUUGCUCAACUAACAAGCAUGAGGGAGAUUGGGAUUAGCAUACCUAAGAUUUAUGAGUCUUUCGCAGCACAACUAGGGGGUUUUAAUCUGGUAACAUUCACAAAGCAAGAUAUGUAUAAUGAGAUACGUAAACAGAGAGGUCUGCAAGGCGGAGAUAUAAGUGCGACUAUUAGGUACUUGGAAGGUCUGGCAGGCAUGGAUGGGAAAAUGUUUUGGCGUUACAAGUUGGGGGCAGGGCAACACCUAUGCAACUUGUUUUGGAGCGACGGUCGUUGCCAGGAAGAUUAUGGGAUUUUCGGCGAUGUGCUAGCAUUCGACGCUACGUAUGGCCGCAACAAGUACAACCUACCCGUUGUAGUCUUUUUCGGAGUAAACCACCACAACCAGACAUGCGUAUUUGGAACAGCAAUGGUCUCAUGUGAAUCGCAGGAGUCAUAUAUUUGGGUUCUUCGCCAGUUUAUGGAAUGCAUGCAAGGUAAGGCACCGCAAUCGGUCAUCACGGAUGGCGACCCGGCCAUGCGGAUAGCAAUCCAGUCUGUAUUUCCUAAUGCACAUCAUCGGUUGUGUGCCUGGCAUCUGCUGAGGAAUGCGACUGCUAACAUAAGCGACCCGAGAUUCACACAAAUGUUUAGACACUGCAUGUUGGCAGAUAUGGAAAUCGAUGAGUUCGAAGCGCAUUGGGAGGCAAUGGUCAACGAGUGCGGUAUUAGGGAGGUUGAGUGCGAGUCACUACAUGCCAAACUAGGGAGGUUUGUCGAGAGCAGGUACGGGGUGUUAGAAUUUGUAAGAAAUUUUCAAAGGUGUGUGGAUUUUCUGCGUGACACCGAGGACGAGCUAGAAUUUCGUUCAUGGUACGGAACACCUGUGCUACAAACAGAGUUUGUUGAGCUGGAAAAGUCCGGGUGGACGAUGUUCACCUGGGAAAUGUUUCUCAGAUUCCGGGAUAGCCUGAAACGGUGUGUUCGCGUUAGAAUAUGUGAAAUUAAUGACACUGAGAACCCUCAUGCAUACACUCUCCAGAAGUAUCGAAGUCCUGAGAUGAAUUGGAAGGUUUACAGGGACCCUAUCGCGAAUAGAUUUACUUGCACCUGCAUGCGUAUGGAGUCGUUUGGUCUUCCUUGUGUGCAUAUCCUUUCCGUGUGUGUUAGGCUUGACUUAGUGGAAAUCCCUGAAAGCCUAGUGCUGCGCAGGUGGUCUAAGGCAACCAAAAUGGAGGUCCAUAACCAAUGUGUUGAGCAACACACUGCUGACCGAAGUGUGACCUAUAGGACACGAUUGGGUGCUUUCUCCCAGCUAUGUAAGCGUUUAGGGCGCGUUGCUUGCAUGAGUGAUGAAGACUUCAAGCUUUACUCAAAUAAGCUUCUGAGUGAUGCUCUCUUCCUUGAAAUAAAGAACGGCCUCAGACCAUCAACGGAUGAUAUUACAGCAGCACAAGAUUGCAGGGUGAAGGACCCGAUUCGUGUUAGAACAAAAGGCACGGGUCGGAUGAGUCAAGCAUGUGGGUCUGCCCCGAAAACCAAAAGAAAGUGCAGCACAUGCGGGAAGCUAGGGCACCGGAGGACUAGAUGCCCCAACGGAGGCGCACAACCUUCAUCAAGGAACGAUAAAUCACCUGCUGGGGCAAAGAAACGCAAGUGA